AUGAUCGCCGGCUUCGCACAUGCACCCGUCACCAAGGGCGUGCUCAUCACGCUGGCGGUAGCCUCGGUGUGCACAUCGCUCUUCCAGCUCAAGCCGUUCGUGCACCUGCAGAUCCACCCGCAUCUCGACACGCACCACCAGUACUACCGUCCCUUCCUGCAGCACUUUGCAUUCAGCAACUCGUCCGAGCUCUUCCUCGCGCUGCUGCUCUUCUACAACGCCGGCGUCAAGGUGGAGCGCACGUUCGGCACGUACAAGUAUGCCAGCUUCCUCGCGGUGGUCACGGUGAUCUUUACGGCGGUGCAGUUCGUGGUGCUUGCUGCGUGCUCGCUGCUGUUUCUGCGGGUCGAUCGUGCGCAGGAGUCUGGUCUGGAAAGGGAGGUGGAGAGGAGCUGGGUGGUGGUGGGGAGGAGUCCAGCGGGGCCGUGGGGGCCACUGUUUGCGCUGCUGUUCCAGUACCACCGCGUCAUCCCGCACAUGUGGUCGAUGCGCAUCGAGCAGCUCGAGCUGAGCGAUCAGGCGAUCGAGGUGUACUCGCUUGCGGCGCUGCUGGCUGUAUCGCAGGGGACGUCGAGUGUGUUUGUGGCGGUGCUGGGCAUGAUGGUGUCGGCGGCGUACCGCUCGAAAAGCGGACCGUUGCGGCGGCUGCACAAGUACCGCCUGCCUGUGCGCGUGUACCGCAUCUUGGCGUUUGUGCUCGCGCCAUGGGUGGGCGAGAUACGCAGACCGCAGCGCUCGUGGCGAGUCGAACGGCCAGACCGCCCGACGUUGGCGGUGCGGGAGGCGCGCUUGGCCGAACACUCGGCGACCGUCGCCAACCUCAACCGCCCCGGCAACGCGCUCGGCAUGCCCCGACUCGCCAGCCUCCUCCGAAGAAGGUCUGCACAGCCGCACGAACAGCCGCCACCUCCUGCACAGGCCCAGCAGCAACAGCCGCCCAGCAGUGCACAGGGCUGGAACGAUCUCCCGCCCGAGCUGCAGGCGUCGCUCAGUGCGCUGCCCAGAACACGCCUCAUGGCUGCGAUGCAGCAGACCGACGGCAACCUCACCGAGGCGCUAGACCUGAUACGCUCCGAUACUGCGACACACUCGCCACGCCCUUAG